AUACUUCCCCAAUUUACCAUUUAACCCUUCUUAUCCUAUACCUGUCGUAAUAUUCACGCGAGUACACUCGCGCGAGUGGGAUAAGAUUAAAAUAUAAUAGGAAAGGAAGAACCACUAGCCGUUUUAUAGGAGGAGCGUGGGAAACCUGUCCAAAUUCAAAAUUUGAAUUUUUUGCCUCUUCAAAAUAAAAACCCAAUUUCAAAAAAACCCAAAAACGCAUGAACAGUAGGAACUCCAAAAAACUGGUCUUGUAAGAGACUUUGGAUUUCGUUUCUUUGGUAUGUAGAGAUGGAUUAUCAUGCAAUGAAGAGGAAGGAGCUUCAAGCUUUGUGCAAGACUCAUGGGAUUCCAGCUAAUUUGACUAAUCGUGAAAUGGCGGAUCGGCUAAAUUUGCUUCUCAAGGAUGGUGAGGCUUCUGGGUCAAAGGGUUUGUGCGAAAUUGAUGGUGAAAUUCAAUCGGUGGAUGUUGAUAAGAAGGUUAAGAAAGUGACUUUUAGUCCUGAUAAUGAGACAUUUGUUUUUGUGGGUACGGAUCUGGAUUCAGAUUCGGAUUACUGUUCAAAAUCGAAGAACGGGAAUUCGAGGAAGAGGAGGGCUACGAGUAAGAAUGUUGUAGUGAAGAAGAAUGUUGAGGUAAACCCUGUUAGAGUAACAAGAUCUAGAGGGCAGAGUGUUGUUGAAGAGGAAUCAAAGGUGGUUUCUUUGGCUGUUGCUGGGAGAAAGAGAGGGAGAAGAGGGAAGGAAACUGUUGAUGUUUGUGAUAAACCGUCUUCGGUUGUUGAUGGUUCUGCUGAGUGUGAUGAAGGGAAGAAAGAAGAGGGUGUUAGGCAGUUGAGAGGUAGAAAUGUUGUGAUUGAAGCUGGUGGGAAUGGAGAAGAAGGAGAAGUAGUUCCAAGCAAGAAAAUUUCUCUUAGAGGUUCAAGGAAGACGAGGUUUGUUUCGGUGGAUGAGACUUUACAGGAGAAUCUCGUUGCAGAGGUAAAGUAUGAGUCAAAGGAUGAAGGUGGCUGUAAUACUUUGAGUCAAGAUGUGAGCAGAACUGAAGUUGGGGUUAGGACCAGAAGGUCCAAGACGCAGGUGAAUGUGGCUAAGGAUGAUGGCUCUAAUGCGUUGAGCCAAGAAUUGGGUAAAAUUGAUGUUGGAGUUGGGUCUAGAAGGUCUAAGACUCAGAUGAAUGUGGCUAAAGAUGAAGGCCCUAGUGCUUUGACUGAGGAUUUGGGGAAAACUGUUGUUGAGGGUAGGACCAGAAGGUCUAAGAGGACUCAGAUGGAUGUGGUGGCUAAAGAUGAAGGCUCUAGUGCUUUGACUGAGGAUUUGGGAAAAGCUGUUGUUGAGGGUAGGACCAGAAGGUCUAAGACUCAGAAGAAUGUGGCUAAAGAUGAAGGCUCUAGUGCUUUGACUGAGGAUUUGGGGAUAGCUGUUGUUGAGGCUAGGACCAGAAGGUCUAAGACUCAGACGAAUGUGGCUAAAGAUGAAAGCUCUAGUGCUUUGACUGAGGAUUUGGGGAAAGCUGUUGUUGAGGGUAGGACCAGAAGGUCUAAGACUCAGAUGAAUGUGGCCAAGAAUGAAGACUCUAAUGCCUUGACUAAGGAUUUGGGGGAAAUUGAUGUUGCUGUUAGGACCAGAAGGUCCAGGACUCAGAUUAAUGAGAAUGAUUCUGCAGAACCAAAGAAUGAAUGUCAAAAUGUUCUUCAACUUGAAGAACCUUUGAAGGGUUUAGCCAGAAGACCCAAGUCUCAAAAAAAGGUGGCAGUGGAUGACAACUCUACUGCUUUGACUGAUGAUUUGGGGAAAGCUGAUGUUGAGGGUGGUGCAUAUGCUGUUGCAGAAACAAAGAAGGCUUCUCAAGAUGUUCUUCAACCUGAAGAAUCUUUGAAGGGGUUGGGCAGAAAUUUGAGGAGGAAGUCUGUUGCUGGCAAGAAGGGAAGAGUGGCAAGUGAAACUUUUGCUGGUGAAUCUAUUGAAAAUGGACUAGUGUUGAAUUUGGAACCCAGUAAAAGAUCAAAGAUGACAGAAGUGGAAUCUGUUUCUAAAACUGGGUCUGAUGGUGAUACUAUGAAGCAAUUAUUACCUGAUGGCCCCUCAAGAAGGACCAGGAGGAAUACUAGAUUGUUUACUGUUGCUGAUAGUUCUAUUAACAAUGAGCAGUUGACUACUCAUGAGACUAGUGAAAGGGUGAAUCCAUCAAAGGAAGAACCUUUAAAAAGAUGUGCUAACAUUGCAGCUAUGCCUACAAGGAAGUCUACUCUUGAUGCUUCUAGUCAGAUUUUAUCUAAAAUAUCUGACAAAUUGGGAGAAGUUGCUACGAAGUAUGAGAAGUUGAACGUACAGAGUUCAGUGAUUGCUCAUGAACCUGGAAACGCUUUGUCCGUCAAGGAGUCACCUGUGAUUGAUGAGUUGGCUGAGGUAGAAGCUUCAACAAGCAGAAAUGAGCCUGAUUUGUUAUGUAGCAAAGAAGUUUCACAAGCCACCGUGAAUCAACUUGGUUCUGCUGAGGUUUCUACUGUUAAUAAUGAACUGGUUGAUAUUUCGCCAAAUUUGGUAGUUGAUAUUUCGCCAGGUUUGGUCAGUGAUAUUUCACCAAAUCUAGUGAUUGAUCUUGCACCAAGUAUGCAGAUUCAGGUAUUACCAUCUGUAGUUGAUAAUAGUGUUGUAGAAGACAACACAGUAGAAGAAGGCACAGAAAAGUUGCUGGAAAAGAAUGCAAGUGGUGAUUAUAAUUUAGUUGAAUCAGUGGAAUAUCCAAAUGACGAGCACUAUGAUUUGUCAUCUAUCCAUGAUGAAGAUUCUGAAGGUGGAUAUAAAAACAUUAACCAAGGGAGUGAUGAGUUAGAUAAUCAAUCAGCUGAGAAAUACAAAGUUAGUAUUCAAGAGGAUCAUGUAGAAAAUGCAAAUAAUAGUCAAGAUGAGAAGGCAGGGACACUAAUUGGUACAACAUGUUUGGAAUAUAACAAUGAAAUAGUUGUGUUAAAGGAAGAUGUUGAAGCAGAGUCGCGGUCUCAUUUUACAUUGGAGAAGUUGCAAGAGGGAAGUGAGUGUGAGUCUCCAAGUGCAUCAAACAAAGUUAUAGCAAGUCAGCAUCAAUCUUUUGGUGAUCACAAAGAUGUUGCUUCAGAGUUGAAUAGAGACCAUUCAUUUUCUGCUCAUGAUUUCAUUUCCAUGGCUGAUCAAGUUAAUGUGGAAGAGAAGCUGGAGGAGUUGGAAGGAAAGAAGUGUGAGUCUCCAAGUAACUCAAAUGAGAUGGCGUCAAACGAAGUUUUGCAAACUGUACAGGAAUUUCAACAACCUCAUAGUGAUCUUGACAAUCAUGUUCCUUUGGAGGAUGAAGGUGCUUCACUAGCUGCUCAAAAUCUCAUGUUUGAGAAUGAAAAAGUUGAGGUAGAAGAUAAGUUUGAGGAGUUGGAAGAGGAGCAGGAGAGUGGAGAUUUGAAGGAGACAUCAAAUGAAAUUACACAAUCUGUGCUAGAAAUUCAGCAACCACAUUCUAGUGAAAUUGACCAUCAUGUUGCUUCACCAGCUGCUGAUAAUCUUGUGUUUGGCGAUGACCAAGUUGGGUUUGAAGAUAAGUCAGAGAAGUUACAAGAGGAGCAAGAGCGCGGGAAUUUAGAUGCUAUUGGACCCUUGUCUUCAGAAGUUACAAAGGAGGCAACAACUGAAGUUAUUCCAACUCUACUGCAAAUUGAGAACCUUAACAAAGAUGAUGCUAGAAUGGACAAUACUUUGGCCAAUGAAGCACUUGAUAUGCAUGACAGUGACCGUGGAGCUAUAGUUGGGCCUGAAAAUGUUGAAGAUCCACAAGCUGAUGCUGAUGUUGAAGUUCCACAAACUGAAGCUGAAGCUGAUGCUGAUGUUGAAUUUCCACAAACUGAAGCUGAUGCUGAUGUUGAAGUUCCACCAACUUGGACAGAUGAAGAAGUUGACUAUAAGAAUAUGGAUAGUGCAUAUAAGUUGGAAGAGGAGUAUUCUUCGAAAGUAGAGUUAUCUAUUGAUAUCUCCUGUGGCUCAAUGCUGAAUGUUUCUCCAUCCCAUGGAGAUGAAAAUAGAUCUCAUAAUCCCUGUGAGGACGCAGUUUAUACAACAGAAGAAGAGGCAAAUACAAAGGAAGAAGGAAAUGGAGCUGCAAGUGACAUAAACCAGGAAAUUGAUGCAACUACUUUAGAGCUUUCUCAAGUCCAAGCCAAUUACAAUGAUGGUGCAGCAAAGGAUUCUGCUUUAGUAACAGACGUUGAUUGUAGUAUUGAGGAAGCUCUUGAAAACAAUCCUGUUGGAAUUGAUGAUGUAAAUGAUGGUGCAGCAGAGGAUUCUGCUUUAGUGACAGACAUUGAUUAUAGCAUUGAGGAAACACUCGAAAGGAUUCCUGUUGGAAGUGAGGACGUAAAUGAUGUUGCAGCAGAUUAUUCUGCUUUAGUGACAGACAUUGAUUGUAGUAUUGAGGAAGCGCUUGAAAGCAAUCCUGUUGGAAGUGAUGACGUAAAUGAUGUUGCAGUACCACAAAGUGUUGAGUGCUUUGUUCCUUCACCAGGUAAUAGAACCUCAGAGCUUCCUGCUUCAGAAACAAAUAUGGAUUUAGCUGAUGGUGACAAAGAGAGAGCUGAACAAUCUUAUGAUAAUGGGAAGCACAUGGAGGUUGAGGAAAAUUUGACAAUGAAUGAACAGCUUAAUGAAACAUCAGAGCUUCAUGUUCCUUCUUCAGAGAUUGCUUGUUUUGAAAAAGUUGUGGAUUUAGGAGAUGGUGAAAAAGAGGGAGUUGAAAACUCUAAUGAAGUCCUUGUAGAAGCCAAUUUAGAAGACAAGGAGGUUGAGGAAAAUCUGACAAUGGAUGAUCAAGUUGAAGAAGUUUCUGAAAGACAACUUGGAGAGCAUGGAGAUCAUAAUACCCCAGCUGUUUCCAAAGAGAUGAUUUCCGGGGAUAGCGGAAGUCCUGAUGAGAAGGAGGAUGCAUGUGCCAUCAUCCAAGAGUAUUUAGAAAAUGAGACCCGUAUGCAUCUUGUGCAUGAAGAGAAUGGACCAGAAUCUGAGGGAUGUGAAAGUGAUGCUGUAGAAGGUGUAGAGACAAAUAGUGUGGCUGAGCAUGGUUUUGAGAAUAUGCUGGAAGAUGGUGGAGAAGAAGAUGAAGAAGCUUGUGCAAUGAACACUGAAAGAACAGAGCUGGAGGAAGAAAAUGGUGCUGUCUCUGUCAAUGAUGAAGAUCUGGAUGAAAAUGUUUCAUGGGUAUCUGAUAACUCUGUGUCAGGGGAUGGAGAUAUUGGUGGAGAGGAGGAAAUCUCAAAUUCCCAGAGUGUUCAAACCACAGUCAGUGUAGAUGUAGUUGUGGGUGCUACUGCAGUUGAUGUCAAUGAUAUCUCGGCUGAAGAUGAAAUUCAAGAACAAACUGACGGUGGUACUGACACUAUAUUGAUUAAUUCAAAUUCCCAGGCUAUUAGUGUUCAUGCUGAAACAACACUCAGUGAAGAUGAAAUUCAAGCACAGAAUGACAGUCUCCGUGAUUCUGUAUUGAUUAAUUCUCAAGAAACCAAAGUAGUUUCAACUGAUGAAGCUGGUGAUGGGAGCUUGGAUCAAAGAAUUGCUUUUGAUAGUGUUGAGGACGGUACUGAGUUGGCAGGUACACCACCCAUUUCACCACAGAAAUUGGAGAAUGAUUGUGAUGAGAAAAUCACCUCAGACAUUAAGACAUUAGCAGAAAACACAAUUGGCAGAACAGACAACUCUUCUUCUAUGGUGGCAGCAGGAAAGGACUCUCCUUGUCAUGUAUACAGAAAUCUUGUCACAGAAAGUGUUGAAGUUGUGGAGAAGGUUAACACUGACAAAGGAACUGAUCUAGAAAAUGUGGGUUCAUCCAUAAAAGUAAAUAAAGACCUUGGAACUGACGCCUCAAGAUACCACAGAAUUAUGUUGGAAGAAGGGGACAAAACAGGUGAUUUCUCUCUGGCUCUCAGCAGUCUUUUUAGCAGCAAUAACAGCAAAACGAAUUCCAAGGACACUGGAGCCUCAAGAUACAACAGAAUUAUGUUGGAAGAAGGCGACGAUACAGGUGAUUUCUCCCCGGUUCUCAGCAAUCUUUUUAGCAGCAAUAACAGCAAACUGAAUUCCAAGGACACUGCUGCACGUGUGGAAGAACUCUCACUUAUGAAGCCUGAAGAGGGAACUGACCUUGAAAAUGUGGGUUCAUCCUUAGAAGCCUCAAGAUAUUACAGAUUUAUGUUGCAAAAUGGUGACAAAACAGAUGAUUUCUCUCUGGCUCUCAGCAAUCUUUGUGGCAGCAAUAACAGCAAAAUUAAUUCCAAGGACGCUGCUGCAUGUGUGGAAGAACUCUCCAUACUGAAGUCUGAAAAGGGAACUGAUCUUGAAAAUGUUGGUUCAUCCUUUGAAGCAAAUAAAGACCUUGGAACUGACCAUAGAGCCUCAAGAUGCCACAGAAUUAUGUUGGAAGAAGGUGACAAGACUGAUGAUUUCUGUCUGUCUCUCAGCAAUCUCUUUAGCAGCAAUAACAUCAAGAUUAAUUCCAAAGAAACCCGGGAAAUGCAUGAUUUGCAUCAUUCAGAAACUGUGCAAUUUUCUGGUGCAUUUAAGGACACUGCUGCAUGUGUGGAAGAACUCUCAAUAUUGAAGCCUGAAGAGGGAACCGAUCUAAACAAUUUAGAUUCAUUCAUUGAAGAAAGUAAUGAACUUGGAACUGACCGAAGAGUCAGUGGUAUUUGUAUGGAUCUGCACAAUCUAUUCAGUAGCAAUGACAGCAAGAUUAGUUCGGAGAAAGUAGAUGCAGAAGUUCUAGAAAAAGUGGUAAUAUAUUCUGAUGCAUCCAAGGACACUGCAGAUGUGGAAGAAAUUCUAGAACCUGAAAAGGGUGACCAACAAUGCUCAGAUAUUGCUCUUUCUAGUCAAUCAAUGCAAUUGACACCUCAAGAUGACAAGGCAGUGGAGUGUGAUGCUGAAGAGUCUUUAAGUACUGGUUUUGAGCUAAAUUUGGGUUUCGAAGAUAGCAAAACAUUUGAACCUGAGAGUGAGGAGAUGAAAAAUGAGGAAGAUACUGUAGUUAGUAUUUCAACAGUUUCUGCUUCAGUUGUGGAAGUUCAGAUUCAGCAUGAAAAUCACUUUACUUCUUUAGAUGAGCUCAUCUAUGAAAACGAGGGAUCGAAGGAGUCUGUCUGUCAUGAAUCCGAGGCACUCGAGUUUAAGGAAUCUACAGAGAUUAUUGGCAGCAUAACAGCUCCUACAAACACUAGUGAUAUUGUAGAGACAAGGGAGUUGAAUGAAAAUAUUUCAGAAGGAAACACUACUAAUAUUACUGCUGAUUCAGAUGAGCCCAGCAGUGAAAAUGGAGGUUCAGCAGAGAAAGGUAUUUCCUCAGCGGAAUUGUGUAAUGUUGUUGAAGGCAUGGUUGGGACAGCAGAAGUUAGCAAUGAUCUGUCAGAAGCACAGGUAACAAGUUCCUAUGCCGCUGCUUUGGAUGAGUCCAUCAUUGAAAAUAACGUCACAGAAGAGAAAUGUAAUGUUGGCGGUUGCUUUGAGCACAAUAAAGAUGUAUCUGCUGGGUUUGAGAGUUCUAUAGAUGCUGCUGAGGAUUCAAAGCAAGAAGAAAUUUUUGUGAACAAAGAUGAUUCAGAACUGAAAGGAACAAAUGUGGACCAGUUUUCUUCAACUCCAUGGACCGUUUCUUCUAAAUCAAGGCUCCUGAAGUUGGAAUCACAUCAAGAUUAUAGUAAGGAGUGCAUAAUUGAUUCUACUAUUAUACCAAAGAAUAACAUUUUCUCAGUCCCAGCAACUCCAAAGAAUCUCAAGAUUUCUCAUGAUAUGAAAGAGAACAUGCCAAGCACCAAGAGGGAACAUUUCAGCAGCUUUACAGCCUCGAAAAAAUCACAGAAGAGACGCCCUCUGGAGAAUUUGCCGAAUAUUUAGGCAUUCAUUGAAACCUAACUGAAAUCUUAAUUAAUAUUAGAUGAUGCAUAGAGAUUUGAAAUUAAUUCUGGCAUAUCUCAUGCAGAAUUUAGAUAGUGUUAGAUUGAUGUGUAUGCUAAUUUAGAUUAGUAUUCUUCUGUUGUGUAAUAAUUACAAAUUUAAAUGCUUCGAUUUGUGCUUUGUAGAAACAAUGAGUUCCAUAAGGUAUAAAAUAUUGAACUUUCAUUAUUUUAACAAAAUAAAUAAAUAAACAUCCAAACAAGAGAUAUAAAAUGAAUAUUCUGAAAAUUACAUCACUUGGAUUGCAGUUUAUUUUUCUGUCAAAAAUACAAAAAUACAAAUGAAAGAGAGCAACAUAUAAAUAAUUCCAUGUUUAGGGGAACUCAUGAACUUUUUCAAACACAAUCUCUCCCCUUUUGUAGACAGACAUACAAUUUUGAGUUCCCUUAUUAGGAAAAGGUAUAAUAAUAAGAUUAAGAAAAUGGGGACUAAAUGCUCUCUCCUGAGAUUACAGACAAGACCUGAGUACAAUCUCCCUUUCAACCAUGUAUAAUAAAGAAUCAAAAUGAAAAACUUUGCAAAACAAAUCUCAAUGUGUCAGAUUCCAGUUCCUUUUAUAUCUACAUGCAUCCCCAACCAACUAACUCUUCUGCACUUCCAUCUUUUACCAAGAUGACAUUUUUCUUUCGGUACGGUGUCCAGGGAUGCCUUCAUCUUCAACCCGAAAAGAGAAAAAAUAAAAAGAAAAAGGAAAAAAUCUUACACUUGUGCAUAUUUCUACACAGUUUUUUUUUUCUACAUAAAAAUCAAACCUUUUUGAUGAACCCUUCUGUUCUGUUGUUGUAUAUCUUUUUCUAGUCACAGUCCAAACCACAAACUUCCAAUACAAUAUCACCUUUAGCCACAAAUGGGUUGAUUCUAACCCACAAAAGUGAGAAAAUUGAUGCUAGAAGAAUUGACCACACCACAAUAAUGGUUGGAAGUCUGUUCUGUUUGCCC